UGUUUAAAGUUAUCGACGGCGCCAGCGAGGCACAACUGCAUCAGUUGAAUACGCUAAAGGAGCUGCUAGCACAUGGAACAAAGGACUUUUGGGGCGAAGACGCGUUUCAGCGCGACUUGCUUUUGCUGGAGAUUCGUGAACUCGAGAAGAAUAUCUUCUUGGAGAUCGCUCUGACGCUCCACCCUCGUGCAGAGUUACUGCCAAGCAAAGCAAAGGAUGCAGCUGGAGGAGAGGAGCUUCAGCUUGUCCGAGGCGCGUUUCCCGAAUACGUCAUUCCCGAUGUAGACCCAACCAAGCAGUCUGCCGCGGACCUGCGAGCACAGGGCUGGCGGAGCAUGCGCCGACUGCAGUUGCUGUAUCGAGAGAUGGACAUUUUUGAGCCCACAAGCGCGGAGGCAGAGCGCGUGCAGAUGAUCCGCGAACUCAGCGAGGUCUUUGCCAGCGUGCCUUCAUUCGACGAUGUCGUUUCGAUCGAUGAACUGACCGCGGAACAGCUGCACAAGCUUGGUUCCACCGCAGAUGAACUGCGCGACGAAGUGGAUGAAAGAAGCAAGGUGCGCUAUUUGGUAGAGAACUUAAUGCGAGAACACAUUCAAGAGCUGGAGACCGAGGUGCUCAUCGCGUGGGGCCACGAGGUAUUACUUCGGGAACGUGAAAACGAUCCAGAUAUCUCCGACGCCGUUGAAACAGCUGGCGAAAAGUCAGUGAAAACAGACGGCGCAGUUGCUUUGGGUGCCGCGAAGCGCCGCAGCUCUUUUCAGGUUAGCGAGGCUUCUCAGGUGGGUAAAAGCGAGUCUGCGCCAAAAACCUGGUUUGCUGCGAGUAGUUUUUAUUCGCGUCAGUCCACUGGCUUCCCCAAAGAAGAGGUCAAUAACUGUACUGAAAUCUCUCAAAUUUUCGAUCCAGAGACGCUGGUCGUGCAGCGCUGUCUGUUGCCGAAUUCGGAAAUCGAGGCGCAACUGUUUUCAGCAGCUGCUCCCUCCGAAAACCAGACCUCAAAGAGCGUUGCCAUCGAGUCGCUCGAAAACUUACAGCUGGCGCUGGUAAAAUACGAAGGCGCUCCCGGGGCACGCGGUAGUUUCGGGCCAGCCGUUACUGGAGCAGUCGCACGGGCCAACGCGGAGAGCAGCAACCUGCUCAUGCUGGAAGACUUGGGAGCACUGAACGCGACACAGCGUCUUUUCGCAUCGACCCGUGAAUUUCAGUUGCUUACGAACGCGAUCGGGGGCGGCGCGCCGUCCCUGUUGCCAGGUGUUUCUUCUGCCGGGGCCACGCUAAAUCCCUCUAUCGCGGCUUUACGUCGCGCUCUGAUCGAGCAGAAGCGAGAGCUGGAGACCGAUGUAGUGCUCGAAAGUAUGGAGCGACGACGCCGUACACUUCUUGCUAUCAAGGACGGACCCGUGGACGAGGAGGACGCACCCGACUUCGGCGAAAGUAGGAAACCUCGUGCCUCGCAGGCAGACUCCGCAUUGGCGCGCUUGGGUGAGACCGCAGUGAAGCGCAUAGAGACAAUGGCGGUGGAGGUGGCCGAGACCAAUUUUGGACUCGUCGAAGCAGAGAACCAAGUUGCGAAGGCGGACUCUUUAGCAACAGCGCACCGUUACGUGGAGCACAUUUACGAGCUGUGCGACAGCGAACUGCCAGCAUCUUCAGUGGAAGUUGAUCCGAAGACGCAUGAGGUUACAUUGCGGCUGAACCGUGCCGCGAUGGCUCAAGUGCAGCACCUGGAGGCCGACGCUUUGCUAGGUCUCACUCAAAAGAUUUUGGAAAACCAAGCGACUUGGCGAACAACAGCGCGGAAGACGUUGUCUGCUCGCGGGGAAACGUUAGAACUUGAGAACGGCCAGAAGAUGCUUCCUAAUAGUAGUCGGGCUACUGCACGCCGCGGUAGCACAGGGCAGGCGCGCUCCUCAGGGCAAGCAACGAGUACAUCUAGUAUGGUCCAGGCGCG